UCUGCGCCCUUCUCAUUCCUAUAGAGGUUGGGUUUGGAGAUAAGUGACCCACUGAUUCUCUCCAUUACAUCAGGCUUCUGUUAUGCCCACAGUGCUGUCUUAUCAGUGCUGUCCUGCUCACUCCUGCUUGCUCAUCUUGGCUCAGAGGCUUCCAGCUUUUGGCAUAUAAAUGGUGUCUUACCUUCAAACGUAUUUACCAGUUGCAUUUCAGCCCUCUCUGAAUUGCAACCAUGUCCCCUUUUACUCUCGAUAUCUGCCACUCCCUAACUUGAGGAUGUUAAAUAAGAAGAAUGCGCGAAGAUUAGUUUCAAUAAGGGCAAUAAGCUUGUCCUGAAUAACGGCUGCAGAUCUGAGAGGUUUAUUGUUGAAAAGAUAGCGCAGAGAUUCUAGCAUAACAUUAGGUGGGAGAGGCAUGUAAUGGACUUCUGUGACUGCCCCUGAAUGACCAUAAUAAGGAUAAACCGAACAGCUUUAGGGGGGUCUUCAUAGUCUCCGCUGUCCCUUUGGGGCUGCUCCCACUGCGGUGCUUACACGAUGGGUUUCCAUUCCCUACUCAGCCUACGGAGCACCAACAGCCGCGCCUUUAGCUCCCUACACGUCCCUCUCUUUCCCGCAAGCUUGGCUCGUGCCCUGCCGCCCAAGCGCUCCCACCGCCUGGCCCGCCCACCGGCCGGCCACGGCUAUUUCAUUAUUUAUUAUUUCAUUCCCUUUCUAGGAAAAGUAUGUGCUGGGCCGAGCCGAGGGGCGGGAAGAGGAGGCCGCCCGUCUUCUGGAGGCGUUGGGGGGCGGCCCGCCAUCGCCGCUGACCCAGGGCGGAGGACAGGCGAGAGCCAAGCGGGCCGGGCGCUGCUGCCUGAGCCGGGGACCGAGUGGCUCUAGAGCGCGGGCGGGUCUCGUCCUCUCCUCACUUGUCAGGACAGCCGCUGCCGCCGCCUCAGCGCGGGGCUGGGAGCCGCCAUGACGGGCAGUAACAUGUCAGAUGCCCUUGCCAAUGCUGUGUGUGAGCGCUGCCGAGCUCGCUUUGAUCCAACUGAGCGAAUCGUGAACAGCAAUGGAGAACUAUAUCAUGAAAACUGCUUUGUCUGUGCUCAGUGCUUCCGCCAGUUUCCAGAUGGACUCUUCUACGAUUUUGAAGGGAGGAAGUAUUGUGAGCAUGACUUCCAGAUGCUGUUUGCGCCUUGCUGUGGGGAAUGUGGUGAAUUCAUCAUUGGCCGUGUUAUCAAAGCAAUGAACAAUAACUGGCACCCAGAAUGCUUUCGUUGUGAGCUCUGUGAUGUGGUUCUUGCUGAUUUGGGCUUUGUGAAGAAUGCUGGCAGGCACCUCUGUAGACCUUGCCAUAAUCGUGAGAAAGCCAAGGGCUUGGGCAAGUAUAUUUGCCAGAAGUGCCACUUGAUAAUUGAUGAACAGCCUCUGAUGUUCAGGAAUGAUUCCUAUCAUCCAGAUCACUUCAGCUGCACCCACUGCGGGAAGGAGCUGACAGCUGAUGCCAGGGAGCUGAAGGGGGAGCUCUACUGCCUGCCUUGCCAUGACAAGAUGGGCAUCCCAAUCUGUGGGGCCUGUCGCAGGCCCAUUGAGGGUCGAGUUGUCAAUGCUCUGGGGAAACAAUGGCAUGUGGAGCAUUUUGUUUGUGCCAAAUGUGAGAAGCCAUUCCUGGGACACCGGCACUAUGAGAAGAAAGGUCUGGCUUACUGCGAGACUCAUUACAACCAGCUCUUUGGAGAUGUCUGCUAUAACUGCAGCCAUGUGAUUGAGGGGGAUGUGGUCUCUGCUCUCAACAAGGCUUGGUGUGUGAACUGCUUCGCUUGUUCCACCUGCAACAUCAAACUCACAUUGAAGAAUAAGUUUGUGGAAUUCGACAUGAAGCCAGUGUGCAAGAAGUGCUAUGAGAAAUUCCCUUUGGAGCUGAAGAAGAGGCUGAAGAAGCUGUCUGAGUUGGCCUCCAAGAAAACUCACCCAAAAGCUCUGGACUUAAACUCCGCUUAAACAGGUCUGUACCCUCUGCUGACUGUAUGCACCCUCACCA